AUGACGUCCUUGAGCCAUGGAAAUAAAGAAGUGUUCUCCUGCCGAGGAAUCCUGCUGGCUGUGCAGUGGUUUUGGGACAGGGGACACAAGGAUAUCACAGUCUUUGUGCCAUCUUGGAGGAAGGAGCAGCCACGACCAGAUGUACUUAUAACAGACCAGUACAUUCUCCGUGACCUUGAAAAGAAGAAAAUUCUGGUCUUCACUCCUUCCAGGCGGGUUGGAGGCAAGCGUGUUGUCUGUUACGAUGAUCGAUUCAUUGUGAAGCUGGCACAUGAGUCUGAUGGCAUCGUGGUUUCGAAUGACACUUACCGGGACCUGCAGAAUGAGCGUCCUGAGUGGAAGAAAUUCAUUGAGGAGCGUCUGCUGAUGUAUUCCUUUGUUAAUGACAAGUUUAUGCCUCCAGACGAUCCCUUAGGGCGACAUGGCCCCAGCCUGGAUAACUUUCUCAGGAAGAAGCCUGUGGUGCCAGAGCACAAGAAACAACAGUGCCCUUAUGGGAAGAAAUGCACUUAUGGAAUUAAGUGUAAAUUCUACCACCCUGAAAGAAUCAAUCAGCCCCAGCGCUCAUUAGCUGAUGAACUCCGAGCCAAUGCAAGGUUGUCUCCUACCCGAAGUACUGCUGCCAAGGAGGAGAAAAAGGGCAAAAGAGGUUGCCAGGCAGAGCUCUUGUGCUCUGUCCCCACAGAGAGCGAUAAAAGCUCUUUGCAGAAAGUCUCUGCAGAAAGGAAGAACUUGACCCACAAAGCAAAGCCCGGUGACGUUCUGCUUCAGGUCAAAGGCUGCGUGCCAGGCAGCGUCCCCCCCAACGGUGGGAGCCACAGGUCCUCGGACAGGUACCAGCAGCCUCACAUGGACUCUCUGUCUUACAUCUCUCAGGAGCACCUCGAUUCGGGCAUUGGGUCUCUGGAGAACCAACUGUCUGACAUGUGGCCUUACCGAUCUCCCAGUCACUGUGACCAUUCCCACGCUGACCCGCUGGCCGUCUGCUCCUGCGGGAGGCAGAGACCCGUCUACCCGCACGCUCCCAGCUUAGAGCAGAACGGUCUGGUCUCCUACAAGCAUGGUUCCCAUAAGUCGUCUUCCUCUGGUGCUAGCUUCUUGCAGUACAGCCCUGAGAUGUCUCACUCGGGAGCACCUCACUCUUUCUCAGGCUACGGGGUGCCUGUGCGCGCGGCGAGCGCGGGGCAGUACAGCCUGCCUGGCGAGUACAGUGCCCCCCCGCCCCAUUCCCGCGAGUACUGGUCUGAGCCGUACCCGGUGCCACCCCCCCAGGUGAGAUCUCCAGCCAGCACUGGGGUGCACGAUCCUCGCCCGGUGCAGAGAGCCCCGGGGCCGGGUUACGGGGACUCCUGCCCGUGGGCCGUCUCUGACCAGUUUGCAGAGGAGCGGGCCAACGUGCACGUCAAGCUGUGCGGCAUUUUCCAUCCCCACUUGGUCGAUGCUGUGAUGAGCCGCUUCCCUCGCCUGCUGGAUCCCCAAAGGCUGGCUGCGGAGAUCCUGACGUACAAGUCUCAGAACCCAGGGAUAUGA